CUUGGAUGCAGCUGCUCAACCAUGGAAACCCAUUUUAUGAAGCUGUCUGCAGACACAACCUGAAAGAACGUGACGUUUGGAGUUCAGCAGUUGUUCUGCUCUAGGAGAAAUGGGAGUGGUCUGAGGCCAAGUGGCCAGCCCUACUCAGGAGAACCACAUAUGAAAUGAACAGAGGAGAUUCAAGCUUACUCAGUCAGGAAGAUGUCUCUUCACAAAUUGCACUUUGUUGUACUGUUUGCCGGCAUUUGGCUUCUUCCGAAAGCCAACACCCUGGAAUGUUACAAGUGUGUACCGGAAACAUCUGGAGGCUGCAAUACCAAAGUGCAAUGCCCCUCACAGGAUAAUCAAUGUGCAGCAGUGAAAAUAAUAAGAUACACAGGUGGUUCUGCAGACAAUGAGACCAAAUCUAAACAGUGCUUUCAACCUGGAGAUUGUGUUGGAGGCUCAGUCAGCUUUGGAUCUCAGAAAACUGUUAUUGUGAGCGAGUGCUGCACCACAUCUCAGUGCAACACCAAAGAUCCCUCUGGGCCUAAGUUCAAUCCAAAUGGUAAAAAGUGCUACAGCUGUGAAGGUCAACAGUGCGUUAGAACUGAAAACUGUAAGAAUGAUGAGGAAUAUUGCAUCAAAUCAACAAUCAACACAGGAGGGACAAGUCAAACCUUGAAGGGUUGUGCUUCCAAGACGAUGUGCCCAGAAUACGCAUCAGAGUUUUUUAAACCUUUUAUCUUACAAGGAAGCAGCUGCUGCCAGGGAGACUACUGCAACAGCGCCAGCGGUGCAAGUGCUGGCCUGCUGCUGUUGUUUGUGUCGCUGAUGUUUCUGGUCUUGUUAUCUUAGAAGAUCCACAAACAUACAUCAACACAAAGCUGUCUAUUGCAAGUUAUUUUCAAUAUUUCUGUUGUGGAAUAAAUCUCAAUCUGUUUGUCUUUUUUUCAUACGUUGAAAAGUGGAUUGUCAUUAUCUAAAAUAAUACAACUUUAAGAGUAAAAGCAGAAAUUAAAUGAACAAACAUUCCUCUUUCAGUUGCCUAAUAAAGAAUUUAUUUUCAUCUGUAAUAUUCAAAAUUUUUUGAGCUAUUAAAAUGAGAAAAAACAUACAAUGUGAUAUUAUUCAUGUUAUUUAAAAGGGAACACACACACAUACACAUAUAUAUCAUAAUCCAUCUUGUGUGACACUCCUUUAUCCACAUGAAGAGAAUACUCUGCCAUGUAUUCUCUUCAUGGCAGAGAUUAGA